AUGUCGCAAAAUAAAGACUCCCAAUACUACAAGCAAGCCCUGGAGGAGUACCAGGAACUCUCCAAAGAGGACGAAGAUGAAUGGGACUCCAGAAUAGAUAAAACCGGGUGUUACGUGGAAAAUAUGGCACUACAGUUGUGUCACGCGGAAACCAACGAUUGGCGACAAUGUAUGGCUGAAAUGGCCCUUUUCCGUGAAUGCUGGCAGAAUAAAGGGAACAGCGACCGCGUUUCCACCGUAGACAGAAAGUGA